AUGUCGACCACGUACUUUGGCCGUCCCGAGCAUGACGGCCGCCGUCGCCUUGGAGCGGAUUUAGACCUCAUUGCGAAUUGGUCUCGCAACUUUGCCCUGCGCACGCCGGUGCAUUCCUAUCACCUGUCUAAGCUCUCAGCCGAAGACCAGGCCAAGCUCUUCUCGAGUGACGCCCGCCAGUUCCGACUCCGAGCGGGCCCGAACGAGACUGUAAGUCUCGAGACCGUCAAGGAUGGAGACGCUGAUAGGUUGGUCGAUGACCCCUACACCGUCACGCUUGAUCGUGAUAUGAUCGCGAUGAUGCGUACGUCCAACUACGGUCGCUCGGAGGCCCGAAACUACGAACUGCUCUGUCAGGUUGAAGACGCCCAGGAAGAGUCGCAGGCGAUCUCUGCCCAAAAGCUUUCCGAUGCACUUAUGCGCGGACUUGAUGCCGAGACGGCGAAAAAGCUCGCCGACAAAGCUGCAAGCGACGUUCUUGUCUCCGCCGGUCGCAAGGUCGUAUCCCGCUGGAAAGCAGAGAGACUUGAGAAUUUGCUAGCUCCGGAUAACGCAACGCCAUAUUCACCACCUCCCCAGCCGAAUUCCGCCAGCAUCACACUUGAUGAUGUCCAGUUCAAAACUACACCUACCCCGCCAUUGACUGUCCAGCCUCCCUCUUUCCAGUCGGCCGGCUUCGCAGGCGACCAAAUCACGUCUCAACCACAGCAUGCCGUCAAGCCGCCUUCUCCACACGCCUCCACCCCUGGAUACGGCAGUGAGACCACAGUGGGCUUGACUGACUCAAGCAGUCCUACCUACACAACCGAAGAGAUGUCGUCGCCUGAACUCGAGUUCGCCGAUAGCUUCCUGGAAGAAGCAGAUGGCGGCGUUGGCUUGAUGUCGUACGGCAUUACCGAGGAAUUUGCAGACCGAGGUUAUGAGGCCGUCUUUCAAACCCCUACGCUACCCUCGCGGUAUUUAGAUCCUCGCGAUGAGACUUCCGGUGGUCAUCUUGGAGCUGGCCUCACUAAAGCUUUGUUCGCACUCCCAACUGCCGCCAAUGGCAUGUUUACUAGCAACGCAGUGUCCGGUGCACUCGCGACAGGCGAUACCCUAGGAGUCUCGAUGAAGCCGUUGGGGAAAGUGCUCUUCGCCAUGGAUGGAAUCAACCCACCUGCACAAACUUCUGACAAUGCGUUCGAUCCUUUCAUCGGACGAAUCAGCAAGCCUGACGCACCGGCGCCGGUCUUCUCCCCGGAAAGAAAGACAACUAAAUAUCCGUUGGCGGAGAAGAAGCCGUGGUUGGGAUUCACCUGCUACGACGUUCCCUACAAGCCACGCAAUGACCAGCUUGUUCCCAAAUACUGGACCACAAAGCUUGGAAAGGAACGUUAUGUGCGACACAAGAUCAGCAGUCUGAAGUCCGAGGACUCCCGUCUUCGGUCCGAUCAUGUCUUGGGUCAUGUUGCCCGUGAGCCAAUCCACAUUGUCGUGGACCUCUCGAACAUAACGAUUGGCUUCUACAACAGCAUGAAGGAGCAACGCGGCAUACCCGAGAAGAAACGGAUUGCUGCCCCUGCUUUUUCCUUCAAGAAUUUCGAUACAAUUCUCACACGCGACCGAAAUGUCGCCAAGAGGAUUGUCGCGGGUUCUCUGAGCAACACGCACGCAAAACGUUGGCCCGAUUACAUGGUGGAAGCUCGGGACCUGGGUUACGAGAUGAACAUUCUGCAGCGCGUUCUCAAGCCUGCCUCGUCGCCUCGCAAGCGCAAAACCAAGGGUGGCUCUCGCGGGGCUGAGUCUCCUGCAUCUGGCGCCGACACCUCGGGCGAUGACGCCUUCUUGCAGCAGAUGAAGCAGGGAGAGCAAGGUGUGGACGAGCUUCUCCAUCUCAAAAUCUUGCAAAGUGCCAUGGAUACCCCCAAGCCGAGUACCAUGGUCCUUGCCACCGGCGACGCCGCAUCCGCCGAGUACUCUGACGGUUUCAAGAAGAAUAUUGAGCGAGUCCUGGCACACGGUUGGAAUAUCGAGCUCUACGGCUGGCGCCGCAACAUCUCGUCGGCUUGGCGCGAGCCUGAGUUUGUAGAACAGUGGGGACGUCAGUUCAAGAUCGUUGAACUCGACGACUUCUGCGAGGAGCUGUUUGACAUGACCAUCGAGUCGCUGGAGCAGUGA